CUUGGCUAUAAAAACCCAACUGAAAUCUCUUGGGAAUGCAAUAGAUUAUUAUUCUUCCAUUCUACAUCAAUCAUGCGGUUCAAUUUAAAGACUUUAGCUGCUUGCUUGUUAUCUCUUCUGUCUGUGAAUUCACAGACAAUUACUCAGAAUACGGUUACGGAAGGAACCGUUCUUUUGGUUGGCGAUGUUGUCAUCAAUUCUGGUGUUUACUGGUCAAUUGUAAACGGAAUUACAGAAAUCUUCGUUGGUGACCUCAACAAUGCAGGCCAAUUAUUCAUUACAACGAAUAGUCAACUCAUUUCUUUGUCAAUUACGUUUGCAAACGUCCUUCUGAGCUUUACAAACACUGGAGACGUUGUAUUCUCCACCGACAAUGGCCUUACCGCUCCCAACUUUGAUAUUGUUGUUAACACUUUCGAUAACAGUGGUGACAUUUGGUUUCAAAGCAUUGGAGGUUUGCUCGACCCUGUUUUCAACAUUCUUGCUGCAAACUGGAACAACAGAGCAGGAGCAAGUAUUGUGCUUUCCCUGUCAGAGAGAACAACUGUUUCUGCAACCCUAGGAACAACUGGUUUCGGUAUUACCAACGAUGGACAAAUUUGUUUGAUCAACGAGUCAUGGACACAGAGCACAGCAGUUGGUGGUUCAGGAUGUAUUGACGUGGGUAUAUCAUCCACCAUGUGGAUUGCAAACUCACUUCUCUCCUUUAGCCCUGACCAGACCAUUUACCUUUCUGACAGUUCCUCUAUGUUGAGGGUUGAAUCACUCUCGUUUUCACAAACAUUCUUGGUUGCUGGAUUUGGAAACGGCAAUGUUAUUGGACUCAGUUUACCUAUCACCGGUAGAAACUAUAAUGCAGCAACUGGGAUAUUGACACUUUCAACUGGUAUAUUCCCAUUGCAGUUAUCACAAGAAUUCAACAUUGGUCUCGGAUACAACUCUGCACUUUUCUCCACUCAAACCGUCAACUUUGGUGGUCUCAUUGGAAUUGUUAUCAAUGGUGGGGUCAUAUACAACGGCCCCAUUCCAGGUUCUAGUACUCCGUCGACUGGAUGUACGUCUUGUAAAUCUGUCCCAACAAUCCCCCUUCCUUCUAGCUCAAGUUCAGCUUUACCCUCCAGUACAAUCGCUUCAUCUACCGAUGGUGCCUCCUCCACUAGUGCUGCUUCAUCUACUGACACUGCUUCAUCUACUGACACUGCUUCAUCGACCGACACUGCUUCAUCGACCGACACUGCUUCAUCUACUGAUUCUGCUUCAUCUACUGAUUCUGCCUCAUCCACUGGUGCUGUUUCAUCGACCGACUCCGCCUCAUCUACUGAUGCUUCCUCCUCCACUGGUGCUGCCUCAUCGACCGACACUGCCUCAUCAACUGAUACUGCCUCCUCCACUGGUGCGGUUUCAUCGACCGACACUGCUUCAUCGACCGACACUGCUUCAUCUACUGACUCUGCUUCAUCGACCGACACUGCCUCCUCCACUGGUGCUGUUUCAUCGACCGACUCCGCCUCAUCUACUGAUGCUUCCUCCUCCACUGGUGCUGCCUCAUCGACCGACACUGCCUCAUCAACUGAUACUGCCUCCUCCACUGGUGCGGUUUCAUCGACCGACACUGCUUCAUCGACCGACACUGCUUCAUCUACUGACUCUGCUUCAUCGACCGACACUGCCUCCUCCACUGGUGCUGCCUCAUCGACCGACACUGCCUCAUCUGCUGAUACUGCCUCCUCCACUGGUGCUGCCUCAUCUGCUGAUACUGCCUCCUCCACUGGUGCUGCCUCCUCCACUGGUGCUGCCUCCUCCACUGGUGCUGUUUCAUCGACCGACUCUGCUUCAUCUACUGAUGGUGCUUCUUCCACUGGCACUGGAACCGGUACAGGAACUGGAACUGGAACUGGCACUGGCACAGGUACUGGAACUGGCACUGGUACUGGCACUGGCACUGGCACUGGCACAGGUACUGGCACUGGCACAGGUACAGGAACUGGAACUGGCACUGGCACGGGUACUGGCACAGGCACUGGCACUGGCACUGGUACUGGCACUGGCACUGGCACUGGCACGGGUACUGGCACUGGCACUGGCACUGGCACUGGUACUGGCACUGGCACUGGCACAGGUACUGGCACUGGCACUGGUACUGGAGCUGGCACUGGCACUGGAACUGGUACUGGAACUGGAACUGGCACUGAAACCGGCACUGGCACUGAAACCGGUACUGGCACUGGUACUGGUACUGGCACUGGUACUGGUACUGGCACUGAAACUGGCACUGGCACUGAAACUGGCACUGGCACUGAAACCGGCACUGGCACUGAAACCGGUACUGGCACUGGUACUGGUACUGGCACUGGUACUGGUACUGGUACUGGCACUGAAACCGGCACUGGCACUGAAACUGGUACUGGCACUCGUACUGGUACUGGCACUGGCUCUGGAACCGGUAAUGGCUCUGGCUCUGGAACCGGUAAUGGCUCUGGCUCUGGAUCUGGCUCUGGCUCUGGCUCUGGCUCUGGCUCUGGCUCUGGCUCUGGCUCUGGCUCUGGCUCUGGCUCUGGCUCUGGAUCUGGAUCUGGCUCUGGAUCUGGCUCUGGAUCUGGCUCUGGUUCUGGUUCCAGUUCAGGAUCUGGCUCUGGCUCUGGUUCUGGUUCCAGUUCAGGAUCUGGAUCUGGCUCUGGAUUCACAUCGGCAACCUCAGGCUCAGUCCCUAAUACUCUAUCGUUCAUCACCGAUGGUUCAGCAAUUACUAUCAAAUCGCUGUCGAUUGUAAGUAUUAUUGUUACUUUCUUUGCCAUUUUGUUUUGA